AUGAUGAUGAGGAUCUUUAUCACACUAUUGGUGGUAGUGAUCACUUUGGCCUCUUUGGCCUCUGCAGCCAGCAACUGUCAGUACACCUCACAAUCGGGUGACAAGUACGAUUUCUCUGGAAUGGUCAACGCAACAUCAUACGUAUUCAACUCGAAUUCACCAAAGAUGACAUACUAUUGGAACGUUUGUGAUGUGGCACACAGCUGCAUCAGCAUGUCAGUGAGAACUGCCUCAUGUCAGAUCAGUGGUGGAUCAUGGUUUGACACUGGAAGUUUGGAUCAAGCUACAUGGAGCGACCUUGAAUCUGGAAAGGGUGCAACAGUUACAUACGUUGGUGAUGGAAAUCCUUGUGGAAACGGUGUUAAGCGUACGACACACGUUGGAUUGACAUGUUCGAAUGAACCAACAGCCGUUGUCAGUGCCACCGAGGGUGAUAUUAAGUGUAACUACUACAUUCUAAUGACUAGCAAGUUUGCCUGUCCAGGUGGUGGCAGUGGCGGCAGCAGCUCUGGUGGUGGCAAUGGUCCAAAAUCAAACUUUAUCGGUGGUGGCUGGAUAUUCAUCAUCCUGCUUUUGGUUGGAAUUUUUCUUUACAUAGGCAUUGGCAUUGGAGUCAACUACAAGGUUCGUGGGUUGAGAGGAGGAGAGAUGUUCCCCAACAUUGAGUUCUGGUCGUCCUUCCCAGGACUGAUCAAGGAUGGUGUCCUUUAUAUCAAGGGCAAGGUCACUGGAUCAGGUGGAAAUGGUUCAUACCAACAAGUC